AUGCCGACAAUCACCCCACAACCCACAAUCCCACCGUUUCCCGCAGCAGCAGCACCACCACCGUCACCACUGCCAUCACUAGGGCAACCACCACCACCAGCCCCGUCGAUCUUCGGUCUUGAUGCCCUCUUCCACAAUCCCGUCUUCGCAGGCGGCAUUGGCCUCGCGGGGCUAGGUGCCGCCGCCGCCUUUGGCCGCCGCGCCCUGAUCGCCGGCGCAGGGCUUCUCCGCCGACAGCUGCUGGUCAACAUCGAGAUUAGCAAGCGGGAUCCGUCAUACAACUGGGUGCUCGCCUGGCUGGCGCAGCCGCGCGACAACCGGGGCUUUCUCGCGCAGCGCCUCACGCGCCUGCGCAGCCUCUCGGUGAGCACCACGACCAAGUCGCUCAAUCCACGCCUGGGCGACGAGGGCAGCAGCCAGACGCACGCCGACUUCCGGGUCCAGCCCGGGUUCGGCCGGCACAUUGUGCGGCACCGCCCGGGCGUGUACAUCGCCGUGAACCGCGAGAAGGCCGGCACGGCCACGACGGCGACGGGCGAGCCCCACGAGACGCUGACGCUCACGCUGCUGUGGGCCCACCGCCACGUGCUCGAGGAGGUCUUUACUCAGGCGCACGCGCUGGCGCAGAGCUUCCAGCAGGGCAAGACGGUCGUGUACACGGCGCGCAAGAUGGAGUGGGCCGUCCUGGGCAAGCCGAGGCUCAAGCGGCCCCUCGGGAGCGUCAUACUCGACCGGGGCGUCAAGGAGAAGCUGGUCGCCGACGUCAAGGAAUUCCUGGCUGCGCAGAAGUGGUAUACGGACCGCGGCGUGCCGUACCGCAGGGGCUAUCUGCUGUACGGCCCGCCGGGCACGGGCAAAACGUCGUUUAUCCAGGCCCUGGCCGGGGAGCUGGACUACAGCGUGGCCAUGAUCAACCUGAGCGAGGUUGGCAUGACGGACGAUCUGCUGGCGCAGUUGCUGACCCAGCUGCCGGAGAAGAGCAUACUGCUUUUGGAAGAUGUUGACGCGGCGCUGGUUAACCGUCGACAGCGGGAUCCCGACGGGUACAGUGGGCGCACCGUGACUGCGUCGGGGCUCCUCAACGCGCUGGAUGGGCUGGCUGCCGGGGAGGACAGGAUAGCGUUUCUGACCACGAACCAUAUUGACAGGCUUGACCCGGCCUUGAUUCGGCCCGGGCGUGUGGAUAUGAUGGUGCGCAUUGGCGAAGCCACGCGAUACCAGGCCGCCGAGAUGUGGGAUCGCUACUAUGGGGAUAUUGAUGAAGACCACUCGGGCCGCGAGCGGUUUUUGAAUCGGCUGGAAGAGCUCGGCUUGUUUGGCGGCGACAGCCAGGACUCCAAUGUUCCGAGGAGGCACACCUCUACUGCUGCCAUCCAGGGCCUCUUCCAGUUCAACAAGGGCGACAUGGAGGGCGCUAUAAACAUGGCCGAGGGCCUGAUUCCCCGGACAUUUGAACCCGAGGCGCCGUCGACGGAGGGAGCGAUAAAGUCUCCGGCGUAG